GUUUAUAUGCAGGUUGGUUUGGGCCAAUUGGAAUAGGUGCUGUCUUUUAUGCAGCUAUUGCCAAAGAGGAUGGUACAGACAAUGUUAGGAAGCUUGUCAAUCCAGUUCUUAUAUCUGUCUUUUGUCACGGGAUUUCGGUUCCGGUAAUUAAAAUUGGAAAAACAGUAAAUAGUCUGUCAAGGACAGCUACCGGACAAUCUAUUUUAAAUUACGUUGGAACUACUACUACCAUCAUCAUAGGAGAUGAAAAGAAAAAAGAAAAACAACAAGAAACUUCAGAAGAUACAACUGUUAAAAAUGAAAAUAAUAACGUAGAUAAAAUUAUUAUGGUUAAAGAAACUGAGAGUGAUAAAACUACUGAGGUGGUCGACGAUAAUAACAAAAGUGAAGAUAUUAAAGAUAUGGGUGAUAAUAAUUCUAUUGAUUCAGUGAAGGAACAAACUUUACCGGUCGCAGCUAAUGUAAAAUUUGUUGAGGAAGACUUAUGUGAAAAACGUAAAAAUGUUGAAGACGAUGGAAGCCAUCAAGUCUAUGUUACUCCAAACCCACCAUGA